AUGGCUGGGAACGAGGAUACUGGGCCCGAGGCAAGCCGACGCGAGGAGGUCGAGCGAGAGGAAGCUUGCAGCAUCGACUUCUCGCAGCGCACUGCCCUUGAUUCUGCAGUUGCCCGUACAUCAACUUUCAUUCGUCGACGCGCCAUCGUGAACGACGCCAGCUGCGUUUUGCCAGCUCCAUCGCCCGACUCGAAGCUCGCGGACUUUGACCGCCUCUGCAAAUUUGCUCUUUCUGCCCUUCGUGGAUGCUACAGUUGUAGGAAACGAUCGGGGACGGCGAGCUGCAUAGCUGCGCAGCCCACCGUUUGCGGUGACGGCCAAGAAGACCAAGGCAGUCGCAACCCUUCGCUGUCGGCUAGCUCGCAGGCGUCGUCGUCGGAUCUUCGUAGGACGUCCCGCCUCUCCAGCACAGCCGGCAUCUUUGAUCUUGAUGACGAUGGCAGCAUCGAUGGAGCUUCGACUAGCAGCAGCGGCGGCCGCAGAGCCAGCAACGCGCGCGUCUCGUCGCUUGGCGGCGGAUCACAUCGAGGAUCGGUCGCAGAUCGCGGCAGCCGCAACCUGUUCGAUGUGCAGGAGGAAGACACCAACACGGCCUCGGCGCCGUCGCCGGGUCCUCCGUCCACUUCCAGCUCUGCAAGCAAAGCAGCUACGCGCAGCCAGCUCAGCGCGGAUACGUUCGUCUCAGCGACGCAGUUCACCGACCCAUUCAGCUCGGCCAACCGCAACAGCAUCCGUCUCAGUCCAAGCGACAGUGACAACAGUCGACGAGGCGGACCACCAUCGUCUUUCCCCGGGGACGACGACGCUUGCGAUCCCAAAUCUUCGCCUUCCUCCAGCAGCCUAAGUCCCUCAGCCUCAUCUCCGCUGAGCCAAGCAGCGCGGUCCAACUCGGAGCGCAGCAACAGCCUUCAUAGCAUCAUUGAACUCGGCCCGCCUUCACCUACCUCAUCGGCAGCCUCGGCUGCUGGCAAGCAUCCACGCUCCGAUCAGCCGCCUUCACCGACUCGCUCCUUCAAGCAUUCACGCGUUGCUACCUCGUCCACAGUGCCCAGGCCCAUCCAAACCACAGCGCCGCGUCCACACCGCUCCUCCUCUUCCUCAUCCCCAUCGUCCUCCAUCGGAGGUGUCUCUGCUGCGACUGGCAAGAGCUCAUCUCCGACAGAUCCGUCCCAAUCUCAACCUCAGAACGUCUCGCAAUCCACGACUUCUGCCUCUGUCGCCGCCCAUGCCAGCUCCUCGCAACCACCAUCUUCAUCGUUGAGCAGCUUUGCGCCGCCUGGCCUCUCUCUCAGCCCGCCUUCGGCCGCGCUCAAGGCCUUGAGUCGCAGCUCCUCCAAGAGGAUGUCGUUCGACACAGCACCAUCCUUUUCAAGCCCGCUCGCCUUCGCAUCCAUCCUGCCCAAUGACGACGACGCCAAUGACGACGACACCCUCAACGCCGAAGGUGCGCCGCUCCCUUCGUCGCCUGUCUGGCUAGGCGACAGUGCGUCUAAUCGAUCCAGCUCGGAUCCUCAGGCAGCCAGACGUCGAACGCAGGGCUCGACCUCGUCUUCACAAGGUAGCUACACCCAGCCCCUUUCGCCAACGUCACCCUCGUCCGUCUCGUCCGCGACAUCUCAGCCCGGCGCCCGUCAGUACAGGCAAGACGCUUCCGAUUCGGCCGCUUCCGACACUGUAGACGAAAUGCCUCGGCGUGUUAGCAACGAACAGCGCUCUUCCAUGCGCAAGGACGCCGUUACAAUCAGCGCAGUAUCGGCCGCUGAUCUUGCCGGCGCUUCCCCUCUCGCGCGCACAUCGUUGCGACUCGACCGCGAGCGAUCCACCUCCAAUCCCCUCCACAGGGCUGUCGCCGGCGCCUCCAGGCUGAAUCGGACGCCUUCACGGCAUUCGCCAUUCCAAAGCAUGAACGUGGUCGAUGACGACGCAUCGUCCGUCGCCUCGGAUGACGUUGCUACGACCGGCUCCAACCUGACCCGCAAAUCGUCUGUCACCAGCUCAAGCGGAUCCAUGGGUCCGCCCGCGAUACCGCGGCGCAUAGGUGGGGGCGCCACGGGCUCGCCUGCUCUCGAGCCCAUCGACCGUGCAUCCACCAUCGCCAUGGGCAAACGCAAGGAGGAUGCUUCGCUGGGACUCGGCAUGCCAUCGAAUCCAUCUCCGCUUUCGUCCAGCUCGUCGUCCGGUCUGCCAGCCUCGAGCUCCUUCCACUCUGGCUCGCCCACGAUCAGCUGGGAUGCCCGCGGUGCUCGAAGCAGCUCGGGCGCCUUUGCCCCGUCCAGCUUCGGUACAUCCACCAACAACACGCCGACGACGGUGACGGGCGGCGGCAGCGCCAUCAUGCAUUCGGCACGCCGCAGACGCAUGACUUCUUCGUCGCUCAGCUCGAGCGUCCAUCGCCGCGCCCGUUCUCUCGGCGGCGUACUUCUCGGCGAAGGAGCCAUUUCGCCUGUCGGAGGGCCCGACGGCGUGGAUCCCAAUCUAGUGGCAGCAAUCGAGUCUGGCAGUCCCAGCAUUCCGCUGCCUGUCCCUAUUCCAGCGGCCUCGGGCUCGCAUCGAUCGUCCAGCGUCAGCUCAUCCGGCACGCAGGGCGGCGCCGCCUCGUCUCUCUCGAGCUCUGGUGUUGCUUCUUCGUCCGUCCCGUUCAGCUCUUCGGUUGUUGCCCGAGCUUCGUCGCAUCGCCGGAGAAACUCGCAGGUCAUCGAGGAUGAGGAUUUCCCUCGGAGUGAAGCGGCUGGUCGAACACCCUCGCCCAGUCAUACACGCUCGCGAGUCCGUAGUCAGACGCUCGGCAUCCCUCCGUCGCCCAUCGGCCCUGCGUCCGCACAGACGGCAGUGCUCGAGACUCCCGCCAGCACGACUGGGUCAAGCCCGUCGGUCAAGAGUGCUGGAUCCGCCAAUCUCGCAGAUGCGAUUCGCUUGCAACGUGUACCGACGGCCGUGCGCCUAGCCGGCGAUCUGAUCGUUCCGCCUUCACCCUCGCCCCGCAACAUGCCCAAAAGUGCAUCCACCGCGUCGAUCGAGUCGCCUCUGAGCAAGUGGACGGCAUCGAGCGCAACAGCUCAGCAUUCCAGUCCUUUGGUGCUUGGCGGUACCAGCCAAGGUCAUGGUCUCGGCCUGGGACUCACCUCUGAUGCUGCCUCGUCGCCGCCGACAAGCGCCGGACGCCUGAAUGUGCCCCAGACGCCCAACGCCACCCGCAGCAAUUCGCCGUUGGCGUACGAAUACUCGUCCGGCGCAGAAGAGUCCGGCGCAUCUGGACGCUCUUCGCCAGCGAUGGAGCGGCUCAGAACCGAUCAGACAGCCAAGCCCGGCCAUGACAGCAGCGGACAGCCUCUGUCGGUCUCAAUCCCCAUCGGUCGCGACUAUGGACCACCAGCCAGCCUGCCUAGCUCCGCCAUCCUUGGCUCACGCUCACCCACCCUCAUCCCGCCUCGAUCCGACCUUCUCGAUGUGCCCACUAGCGCACCACGUCACGCAGGUCUACCGGCGAGUACGAGCGCAUAUUCGCCCCUCCUUGCUCUCAAUGCAUCUUCUGCCCGAACGAGCCCUACGGCUGAGCGACGACCUCGACUCGCUUCUAGUCACUCAAUUACCCAGCGCAUGUCAUGGGGCGCUCAAGAGCUUUUCGACAGCUUGCAAGAAGCGACGGAUGGCCACGACGAGCAUGACGACGGCUUCGAAGACAAGCCAGCGCCGUGGAUCGCGUCGACGCAGGAUGCAGGUGUCCAGUCAUCGCUCGCACCUGCUGCUGCGUCGCUCAGUCAGAGAAGGCAGACGCAAGGCAACCUGUCCAGCUCGAUCGGUUCCACUCAUCUGCUCGGUGUUCCGCCAUCGAAUCGACGUGUACAUCGGCCCAGCGAAGCAGCGUUGUUCACUCCUGUCGGGAACUUACCUACAGCUGUUCAUCAACCCAUGUCUGGCACCGACGAAUACGCCCGCAUCAUUGUGCAAAGCCGAAAUGCCAAGAUGCAGAAAUGGCGAGCGCAAAAUCCUUCUCGCUUGGGAUCGUACCUGCGGCAACGCAAUGAAGUCGCCACUUUGGGAGGGUCACAGCUUUCGCGCGAACGAGUCCAGAACAGCACGGCUGAGGCUCCUCUGAUCCUUGGGCAGACGAAUCUGGCUCGUCGAGGCACGACGAUUGGGCUGCAGAGGGACUCCAGUAUGGUGGGUGCGCCCGCGCCGACACGUCGAUCGUCGGCGGUGGGCUCGGACGACAGCAUCGAGUCGCAGCUGGACGAGGACGAAGACGGUCAGCGAGGCCUCGAGUCGUCUGCCUUCGCCGAAUUCGAGUGGGUUGAUUGGCUCGACGAGUAUCGCAAGAUGAAGGAGGCCAAGCUGCAAUCUGAGCGUGAGGAAGCUGAGGCUCAGGCAGCUGUCGAAGCAGGCGCGCCCGAUGCCGAGUCUGCCGCCGUUGACGCGGAAGGCUCUGCUGUCCACGACGUUUCCUCAACAACUGCAGAUGAUGAAGGGGCAGCCUCUUCUCCGCGCCGCUCUGGCAGCGAAGCCAUCGACAACGGACGCGUCUCUGCUCUGCAGAAGCAGCCGGCGGAUGGUCACCGGUCCGUGUCGGAUCCUCUCUCGCGCCAGAGGCUGCAGACGGCCGAGCCUAUCGACGUCGAGCAGGACGCGAUGGACGCAGAAGAGGUCGAAGCCGCCCUGGCAGCCCUCAGCCUCGACGAUGACAACGGCGAUGAUGCUGCUUCCUCCAAGACCGCACGUGCGUCUAAAGCAGCGCAGCUCGGUCCAGCUCGCCGACCCGAUCCCUCAUCGCGGUAUUCGACUCGACCAGGCACAAUCCAACAACGCAGCUUUUCGUUGGCGAGCGCCGAGCUGUCCAGUCGUCACUCGGGCGCGGACUCAAGCUCCACUGCCCUCUCCACCUUGUCCUCCUCCCCGGGUCCUGUCAAGGCCGGAUUCUCCCCCGUCAAGCGGCUCGGCACCGACAAGGCAAAGAAUUUGUCGCUCUCCCCCAUCACCAGUCGCGUCACGCCCGCGCCUCAGUACACAAGGGCAGCAAGUUCCCAUUCGGCACGAGCACAGGCGCACGCUGCCGGACGUGGACGGCGCAAACAUCUCGGUGGCAAGAUCGAAGCGUGGUGGAGCGCCGUCAAGUCCGGCUUUACCGCUCCAGCCGGCGACGGCUGGGCCAAGCCGCCAGCUUCGACGGCCUCUCCGCGUCGCAACGAAGCUGAUCCUCGCACCGGCUCAGCAGCUGCGCUCUCUCACUCAUUGUACCAAUCUCCAUCGAUGGCUUCCGCUCGCUCGACAGGUUUCAGCCAGAGUCGUCGAGACGCUCCUCGUCCCGCACCUUUGUCUUCCUCAGCCAUCGCCAAUCCGGCUAUCGCAACGCCAUCCCCCACCCUCGUCACGCAGGUGCAGAGCGGGUUCGGCCGUCACAUGCGCUCGCAUACUGGCAACACGGCGAUGAGCGGCACCGACUCGGUCAAGACGCUGCGCUCGAGCACAUCGGCGCAGAACCUCGGGAAGGACCUUGCUCAAAGAAGCGACGAGAGCCUGGAAGUGGGUGAUCGUAGCGACCGCAAGUCGGCUUCGCCGGCAGCCGACGCCAGCUUCGUGACAGUGCAAGAGGAACCGGGCAGCUUGGAAGCACCCAUGUCCGCGUCGUCGCAGCAGAGCCAAGAGACGCGUUCUUCAGGCGGUCGACGCCGUCACCAACCCAAACUGUCCCUUCAGCUGGACAAGGGACUGAGCACUUUUGACGCCGAAGAGUUCGACAAGAUCGGCAUGGGGAAAUCGCCCUCGAGCUCGAAGCAGGCCAGUCCCACCAAGCCGCCCGUCUCUGCGCGGUCCGACGGCAGCACCGGCAGCGCCAAGGAGGUCAGCAAGUCGCUGGCCGCUGAGCCUGCACUGCAGCCGGCCCUCUCGCCUCGGAAGUCCUCGCCGCAGCUUUCCCAGGCGUGGGCUUCAAGUCCGCGUAUUGCGAAGAAGCCGUUGCGAGACGACGACGACGAUCGCGAUGUCGAUGCUGACUCCGACGAUGAUGAGGGUCGUGCUGCCGUCAGAGCGAGGGCCGCGUCCAAGGCGAUCACGAUCAACUCAAUCCGGCAGCACAUCCGUCACCGCCUGCUCGCGUCAAAGGAGAGCUGCGACCGGGAGCUGCGUCGCAUUGUCGGUGCCAUCAACAACUACGUCGAGCUCGAGCUCGAGAAGCAGGAGGACGAAGGUCGACGCAGCGUCGUCGGCGACGACCGCGACGUGGAAGAGAUUGAGGAAGUCUUCGCUCAUGAUCCAGAGGACGCGGCAGAAGAGGCUGCAGAUUCGGACGUGGUUCACGGCGGUCAUGCGAGCACGUCGCGCCCCAGGUCAAGGUCCAUGUCUCGCGGCGCGAGCAACUCUUCCUCGUUCUCUGCUGGCGCUGCCGCUGCUGCCGCGGCCAUUUCCGGUACGAACGUCUCUCCACACGAGGAGCUUCCCGAAAGCAUUUCAAAUGCGGAAGGGUCGCAUGCACGCGUCUCGUCUGGCUCACUCUUUACGUCUCCCGUCCUCGGCGGAUUGCGCGAAGCGGCAGCAGUGCGAUCGGCACGAGAGUACAAGCUGCCAGCUCCGCCGCCCGUCAACAUCGCAGCUGCAACAGGGACCUCUGCCCGGACCAUCGGCACCGCCUUGGCAAAUCCGGCCAAACCAUCGAAUCUCAAUCCGCUCAGCCGCGCCCAGUCGCUGAGUCGUCCAGGAGCUCGCUCAGGUUCCAACUCGCGCUCCACGUCCCGAUCGCAUUCACCCAUGCCUGGCGUGAUGAUGACGUCCAGCAUCUCGGCUUCCUCCGGAUCUCCUCGUCUGUCUCCGUCGCGCAAAAUGAGGGCGCUGCCCACCGAAGACCUUGGACCUCAGCCUUGGAUGCAGCCAUUGGAAGAGCUGGCGGCGAUAGCGAUGGAAGUGCUGGACGUCUCCAUCAACUCGCUCAUCGCGCGUUCCGGCUCGUGCUCUCAGCUCAUCUCUCGCGUACAGAGCAUCGGUCGUUUCUGGGACGAGCAUCCUGAUUGGGCCGGUCGAGGAUGGUUCAUCCAGAUCCUGCUCGCCAUAGCCGGACUCAGCCGUGUCGUGGAGUGGUGGGAAGCCGAAAAGGGCUUCUGGAACUUCAACGACGAGCAGGAGCAGGAUGCCGAGCCGAUUCGCUUCAUCCUCGGAGGGCAGGGCGGAGAUGCGGCGGGCGAAGCUGCCGAACAGGAGUCUGGCAAAUCGUCUGGCCUCUGGAUGCCCUCGACGGCGAACAGUCCCAUCCGAGCUCGCGCCUUGUCUGUGGCACCUGUCGACAUUGCCAUGGUCCAUCGAAAAUCAACCAGCGGGUCCAACUCGCCAGCGUCGGGAUUGAUGAGGCGUGAAUUGCAGCCGAUCGGCGACCAGGAAGAAGGAGGUACUUUGCUCUCAUCAGGAGUCACCAAGGCUGUUGUGGAUGAUGGACAAGGCGACCUCGACGCUGAUGCCGACGGAGACAUGACCAUCGUCGACCGAGCUCGACCGCUUCCUCGAGGCAAGCCGAGCGGCGGUCUCGAGGAUCUGGAUGGUCGGGCUGCCAUGCUUAGUGCUUCAGACAACAUUCAGGGUGAGCAGAGCCAGGAAGCCGGCGAAAUCGAUUCGUCUGGCGAAGGCACGGAGGAAGCACCGCAAGAGGUGCGCCAAAACUUCCGCUCUGCUGGUAUCAAUGUGCUGAUGGAGCUCAGCAUGGACGACCAGCGUCUGUUGUAUUUGAGUCCUGCUUGGAAGACAGUGUUGGGCUCCGAUCCUGCCGAGCUCUACGGCGCACCGAUCGAGGACCUGCUGGCUCCCGGUGACACCGACGUGUUCGCCGAGGCAUCCAGGCAGCUCGAGGCGAAUCAGUCACACACCGUCGAAGCAGUCUUCCGAUUGCGCGUAGAGAAGACGCUGCACGCCUCGUCAACCUCUUCGGCAAACUCUUCGGACGAUCGAAGCGACGUCAGCGAUGCCGUCUACUUCCAGGAGAUGGAGGGCAAGGGAAUGCUCAUGAUCGACCGACAGAGUGGCAACCCGUCGCACUCAAUGUGGGUGUUCAAGGCGACCGGACCGCCCGAACGCGAAGAUCAGCUGCACGACGCCGCUCUCACAAAAGGUGGACGAGCGGUCGCAGCCGUGCUGGACGAGCCCACCGCGGCGCUUGCUCACGUCGCCUCCAUCUCGAUCGAGCCCGUGCUGUGUCGCAUCUGCGAAAGGGACAUUCCAGCCUGGUUUUUCGAGAAGCACAGCGAAAUCUGCAACGAAACGCACCGAUUGGACAUGGAGAUCGGCGAGUGCAACGAGAGCCUUCGCGAGCUGCGCAGAGCCAUCCAGGAUCUGCACAAUCGUCUCGAGAGCUUCACAGGCCAAAGUGCGGAGCAGCCGCUCGAAUACCGCGGCGUGGCCAUCACGACCCCUCCGGCCUCCAAUCAGCCGCCUUCGGCGCUCGAGGGACUGAACCGCUCCAUCGCUCAGCGCCAACCGGCACCGGCGUCCGUGCGAAAGCAGCACCUUCGCGCUCUCGAUGCGGCCGUCGAGCUGCUGCAGACGGCCUGCGAGAUUUCGACGCCGGCAAUCAAGGACGAGUUUGCCGACCAACCCAUUGAGAAGCAGCGCCUCCUCUCCCCUACAUCAGAGAACAAGGUGGUGACCGUUCAGCAAUGGCGACGUCCCGCAUUGGACGACACGGCCCUGGAUCUGUUGAUGGCAGACGUCGAAGGGGCCAUGCGAAGCAAGCUGAGCGCCGUCAACCGCAUGCUCAACACCAUCGUCUACGUCGAGACCGUUCGUCAAGAGUGGGAAGAGCGCGUUGAGGCUGCGCUCUCCGCUCUGUCGGAAGCUGAAGAGGGCUCGGGCAGCUCGCGAGGAUCGUCUGAAUCCGUGUCUGAAUCUGGCUCGGACGACGCGCCAGAACAGGUCGUGGAUCAACAUGAAGGACUCGGUCUUGCCCUCGCAGAAGCCCAGCCGACCUAUGCUCAAGUCGCCGCUGCGGAACAAGGAUCUCUCCCACCAAUCGCGAUGAAUUCCAUCGAGAUGCAAAGAGGACUUGACUCUUCAAGGGGUGUUUCGACCGAAGGCAUUCGUGCUUCUCCCCGUACACCCGACUCGCUGCCCCGUGCAACGUCUGCUCACAGCCGCCUUCCUUCCACCUUGUCGACCAGCGCCGGAGACGACGAGGGUGGAGCAGGACGGGAGGACGCAGAAGACGACGGCUUGCUCUCUGGCUCCAUGCUUCUGGAGCAAGACGACCGUGAUUCGCCGGUUCCUCCAUCCGCUCUGUUUGCAGCGAUGGGAAUUGCAGCGGACGAGGAUGAUAUCCCUGCCGUCGAUGACAAGAUGGGCGGAUCUACGCAGCCAGCGCCGAUCCCUAUCCCUCGAGGUGGUGCAACCUUGGCGCCGCCUCCGUCGUCCACCGAUCUGCUGGCUGCGCGACCCGUUGGAAGUCUCACCGCGGCUUCCCUCUCCAUCUCGGGGGUUGGCGCAUUGCAGCGACGCUCCGUCAGCCGAUCUCGUCGAUCUUCGCACCUUCCAUCUGCGUCCGAUGGUCUGGGAGGCACCCCGCCGCUCUCGCCCCAUCUGUACGGCGAGUCGUUGGGUGUGUCGCACCGACAGAAUCGCAAGUUCAGCGUGUCGCACAAGAGCCCCAUGGUUGGCUCGAUGCCUCUCUCGCCAAGACUGCCGCCUGCAGCGCCCUCGUCAAGGCCCACGGCGUCGUCAAUCAAGGACUUUGACAUCCUCAAGCCCAUCAGCAAGGGUGCUUUCGGCAGCGUGUUCCUCGCCAAGAAGCGCACAACAGGCGACUACUACGCGAUCAAGGUGCUGAAAAAGUCGGACAUGAUUGCCAAGAAUCAGAUCACCAACGUCAAGGCCGAGCGCAUGAUCCUUAUGACGCAGAACCAGUCUCCGUUCGUGGUCAAGCUCUUCUUCACCUUCCAGAGCGCCGAUUUCCUCUACCUCGUCAUGGAGUAUCUUCCAGGUGGUGAUUGCGCCUCGCUCUGCAAAGUGCUUGGAGGCCUGUCGGAAGAGUGGGCGCGUCAGUACAUUGCGGAAGUGGUGAUCGGCCUGCAGCAUCUUCACUCGAAAGGUGUGGUGCAUCGCGACCUGAAACCCGACAACUUGCUCAUCGACCAAAAGGGCCACCUCAAGCUCACCGAUUUUGGUCUGUCGAAGAUCGGUCUGCUGGGACGUCAGACGCGUCAGGCGGUAGCGGACGCCGCUGCAGCUUCGUCCUCCGCCCCGAGCGGCUUUGCAGCGCAUGCUUCGCGCUCAGACUCGAACAGCGACUCGUUGCCGAGCUCAGCGGCCUCGUUUGCCUCGGAAGCGCGUCACCCGGCUGUGUUCACGCCUGCGGGCACCACCGCCGGCGACACCGCCGCAUCCUUGUCGCCCAUGACGCCCGGCCUUGGCGGCAUGAUGCGCAACCAGUCGUUCUUUGCUGCACCCCAGCGAGGACGCAUCGUCAGCUCGUCGACCGAUGCGAGCGACUCGGGCGAGUCGGACUCUCAACGUGCUGUUCCCAAACCGCUGCCCUCGGCGCGGAUCGACAGUCCGGGCAAUCUGUUUGGGGCCCAUCCUCUGCUCAGCGACAAUUUUGGCCCUUCUUCCGGCGACGGUGGAUCCGACGCACCGAAACGCUUUGUGGGCACUCCGGACUACCUUGCGCCGGAGAGCGUGCUGGGUAUCGGUAUGGACGACUUUGCCGUCGAUUGGUGGGCCCUCGGUGUCAUCCUUUACGAAUUUUUGUACGGAGUGCCACCCUUCCACGCUGAGACGCCGGAGAAGGUGUUUGACAACAUCCUCUCGCGACGCAUCGACUGGGAGGAGGAUUCGGUCGAGGUGUCGUCGGAAGCGCGUGAUUUGAUGGAACGGCUCAUGUGUACUGAUCCCAAGCGACGUCUUGGCUCGGGCGGUCCAGACGAGAUCAAGAACCACGCUUUCUUCCAAGGUAUCGACUGGGACAACGUCACCGCCGAGCCUGGUCCAUUCGUGCCGCAGGUCACCGACCCCGAGUCGACCGACUACUUUGAUCUGCGCGGAGCCAGCCACCAGGACUUUGACGACGAGCCGGUCCACAGCACGCGCGAAUUCGCACGCGCCAUCGAGGGCAACAAGUUUUUGCAGACGGGCCUGCCAGUCUCGCGGAUGCGGUCGCGUCUCGAAAAGGCUUUUGGAUCGCAGGCGCAGAACGAGGACUUUGGCAACUUCAGCUACAAGAACUUGCCGGUGCUCAAGCAGGCCAACGACGAGGUGAUCCGCAAGAUGAGGGAGGAGCAGAUGCCAGCGUUGGCCAAGGCGCUCGAGCAGUCGGCCGCGUACACGCGCCACCGCAGCUUCUCGGCCAAAGGGAGACCCGCGCAACGUGUCCAUUCGCAGACGCUGGCGCUUGCGGGGCCUCCAUCGCCUGCGCAAAGCGCAUCGUCGCACGGAUCGACGCCGUCGCGCUCGACUGCGCCCACAUCUCCGGCUGCACAGCUUGUCAGUUCGGCGCACCGUCGGCGCACGUCCGAGGUGCCAGCCUCCUUGGCGACGCCGUUGUCGGCAACGACGCCAGACGGCGAUGUCGGAGCCACGAGCAGCGUCGGUCGAUCGUUCCCUUCGCCUUCGGCUGCCAUGCCCAUCGGAAUCGCCGACCGACGCCGACAGCAGCUGGUGGAGGCUUCGAGUUCCGGUGAACGGCGCAACUCGAUGCCGUCGCGGUUGCGCACCAAGUCGGCAAGUCUAGCAGAGCGACCGGCGCUGCCGACUCCAUGGCAGCAGACUUCGCAGCAGCCUCAGCAGGAAGUCUCGAAGAAGCCAUCUCGCACCGCCGCCAACACAGCAACUACAGCAGCAACGGCAACGACCACCGCGUCGAGCUCGCCGACCAACGCAUUCGCGCCACUCGCCCCUGGUGCUGCUGCUCCUCCUCCUCCUGCUGGCUCCAUUGGCAGCUCGGACGAGAUCGCUUGUCUCAUAGCAGAGGACAAUCCCAUCGCGUUACGCAUGCUCGAGACGAUGUUGGUCAAGCUCGGAUGCAGAUGUACCGCAGUGCGCGACGGUGCCGAGGCGGUGCGGCUGGCGAUGGGUGAUCACAAGUUUGGCGUCAUGUUCAUCGAUGUGACGCUGCCCAUCGUCGGUGGCGAGGAUGUGACACGAAUGGUGAAAUCGACGCGCAACGUCAACUCGACGACGCCUAUAGUGGCGCUGGCUUCGUUCGACCGUGGCGAACCCAUCGAUGCUGCGGGAUCGCUAUUCGAUGCAGUGCUGGCCAAGCCGCUGGAAAAGAUGGAUGUGUGCGCCAUCCUAUCGCAGCUCGGGUUCACGCCGACGCAAGCAAGUGUCAACGUUGAAUCUUCCACGAGCAUGCAGCAAGGCUUGGACGGCACAGCCUUGUCGUCAGGUUCAGGAUCAGGUACGACGAGCGCGCCGGCCGAAUCGCGCGCGCUUUCGAGAAAGUCGACGUUGGCACGCAAGACACCGUCGCAGGCAAUGGCGGGAGCCAGCACACCUCCGCUGCUUGGCAGCACAGGGUCGCCGCACCACACACCAUACUCUUCUUCGCCGUUGGGUAGUUCGGUGCUCACAUCGCGACACUUUGAAGCGCCUCAGCAGCUGCAGGCCAAGAUGAGCAGCAGCGGGCUGGGCGGACUGCACUCGCGUACGCACUCGCAGCAGCAUCAGCAAGACAGCGAGCGACGAGACCAGGAGACGGCCGAGACGCUGAGCAAGCUAGUCACGGAAAGCAGUGGCGAGCGGCAACCAACCGGCGAGAAGCAAGAUCAGGAUGAGAAGCGACGGCUGUUGCCACGAGUGACAAGGAAGAAAACAAAGUCUCUCCGGAAAAAGGGUGCCGAGCGACCGGAACUGAUGGUGUCGGCAGCCUCUUCCAGGAUCUCUGAGUGCUUCCUGGCCAUUGCAACGACGAAAUCAGCUACAGACGGACAGACGCAGAUCGAGCAAAGACCGGCGAAGUCGAAAGUGUCGAUGAACUCAUCCAGUCGAAUUCCGAUGGGAUUGUCCAAGAGCAUCGACAUCGUGGAUGACGAUGACCACAUGGUGGCCACUCUUGGCUGCCGAGCUUGA